GAAGGAAUCAUCAUAGUGCUCGAGGAAGUAGUGAUGCGUAGUGUUUUUAAAGCAGACGAAUUAGAUUGAUAACGUUCAAAGAGAUUUAUAUUAUUAUUGACUAAAAUGGCUUGGAUUUCUUGUGGAUUAUUGGUGGUUGCAGCUUUCGUUGCUGUUGGAGAGACUAGGUCAUUAUCCAGGGAACCACUUUCCAUUGUGAUGGAUUCAAAUGGCGCUCCAAUACUGAUGAUGAGUUUAAAAAAACAACCAACUCCGUCCUAUCCUCAUAAAACGAUGAUGUUCACCGGAUACUACCAUCCAAUUCGAUCUGAUCCUGGCCCAUUAACUGGUGUCUUCGCUCAAGGUAAUGCUGUCAGUGGCGGGUCUUAUCUGGGGGGAAGGAAUCCAAAUUAUCUCCAAUCUGGCCCAGAACCGGCAGACGAUACUGAGGUGUCGAGCGCAGAGGCUGAAGCCGCGCCGAAUAGCGGUGAUGAAGGCGAGCAGGGUUAUUCAGAUAGUGGGAAUGAUGAGGAUCCGCAGCCGGCGCAGCCACAGCAGCAGGAUGAAAUUCAGCCGUAUGGAACCGAAGCUCCAGUAUCAGAGAAACCAAUCGUUCCGCAAAAUCACCCUGUGAAGUAUCCAUCGAAGGCUCACAAGCCUACUAAACACAACAAGAAAACCGCGGUUCCGAUUGACGAGGAUGAAGAAGAAGUUGAGGAAGAGGAGGAGGAAGAGAGCGAAGAAGAAGAACCAUAUAAAACAGAUCGCGGCGGUCAAGUACCAAAUCUCAACAAUUUUUUCCCUAUGGUAUUUAGAUUCCCAAGUUCUUACGGUCACAGGGGAUCAGAAUCUGAUGGAUCGCCUCCUGGAAUGAUCACGGCCAUUGCUAACAGUUACUCAACGGGAAAGGGCGGUGUGGCUAGUUCUGUAGCUACGGCUUAUGGAGGAUCUUCGCAUGGAAAGAAGAAACGUGCCAAGUCAUCUCAGGAAUAGAAUUCAGAAUUCUUCAACGUAAAUAGAAUUUUAUUCAGUAAUCGAGAGGCAGUGCGAUAAUUGAUUUCUAUAGAAAAUGAUGGUUUUUCGGAAUUAAGUGACAAUCAGUUUUAGUUGGAAUGAUUAUGAUUGAGCAAUUGUUUCAAGUUU